CACGAGGUCGGAAUCAGCUGUCGCUGAAAACAACAGAGAAAAUUUAGGCAUGGAGUUUGGGGCGAAGUGUCGGGAAGACCAUUACCUGUUUGAGGAUGGCACGGCCAUGUGUAACCACGGAUCGUAUGGGGCUGUCCCUCGGAAAGUGAUGGAAAAACAACAAAGCCUGCAGCUCUCUAUGGAGCGGACGCCAGAUCGUUGGUUCCGGGAAACUACUCCUCGACUCUUCCAGGAAUCUAUCUCUGCUCUGGCAGAGUUUACAGGGGCGAAGAAGGAAAACCUCAUGUUCAUACAGAACCCUACUACUGCUGUGAACUCUGUCCUGAAGUCCUUCCCGUUCGGCCCCGGUGAAUGCCGUGCUGGUGCAGAAUGUGUGGUGCUGGAAAUAACAGGCCCCAUCACUGAUGCCGACCAGAUUAUACAACAGUACAAGGAUGCCCUGGAGAAACAUCCCAACAUCAAACUAGCUGUCAUAGACACCAUCACCAGCCCCACAGCUAUAGCCAUCCCUGUGGCAGAACUUGUGUCCUUGUGCCACCUGAAGGGUGUCCAGGUGCUGUUGGAUGGAGCACACACACCUGGGCAACAGGUGCUACAGCUGGAGGAACUGGGGGCAGAUUAUUUCACAGGAACCCUGCACAAGUGGCUGUUUGCUCCUCGUGGCUGUGCGUUCCUGUGGGUCCGUUCUGACCACCACACUACCGUCCGCCCUGUUGUCACAUCCUGGUUCUACCAGAAGGACCUUCAGCACCAGUUCCAUAAGCAGGGCACGAGGGACGACACCCCGUACUUCUGUCUACCUGCAGCACUCAACUUUCACAGGGAACUUGGGGGUCUUGGAAGGAUAGUGGAGUACAGCAGUCAGCUCCGCAAAGAUGCAACAAAACUGCUACUGGAUGGCUGGAAGACUGAAACUCUGGGGAUACCAGAGUCCCUUCAGGCUCCCUACAUGGAGUGCAUCAAGCUGCCCCUCCCCCAGACCCCUGGUGCAGAGUCUCGGUACCCCCCCACCCCCCAGGGGGCCAUGAGUCUUCAGUACGACACGUUCCAGCUGUACAGGGUGCAGUGUGCGGUGGUGUGCAUGCUGGACGCCCUGUGGGUUCGGAUCUCCGUGUUUGUGUACAGCACCAGGGAUGACUUCCUCCGGCUCAGGGACGCCGUGCUGGCACUCAUGGCCAGGCAAGACUUCCCCGACUUCCACGGGCCGUACUGGCCAUAUCUCCUCAGGCAGGAGACUGAAUAACCAU